AUGUCCAGAUUCAAGGUCUUCACCUGCCCCACAUAUCCAUGUUUUCAAUGCUUGACGUUUCUAUCUCACGGGUCAAACUUAACUUUAGAAACUUUCAAAGAAUACAUUGCAGGGACCAAGAAUAGUUUCUCAUACGCAACCAAACACACCAUCAUUGAAACUUUCAAGGAAAACAAUAAAGAAACAAAGACUAGUAUCCCAUUCACAACCAAAACACAUCAAUUCACCAUUACCAUCAUGUCGAUCUUCAUCUUCUCCUUUCUACUCCUUUCCGUUUGCCAUGCAGCCAUCUUUGCCAUAGUAAACCAAUGUCCUUACACUAUAUGGCCAGCUGCCAUCCCAGGCGGUGGUCGCCAACUCCUCCCCGGCCAGAAUUGGACCAUCUUUGUCAACCCUCGGAUGGACGACGCUCGUAUCUGGGCCAGGACUGGCUGCACCUUCAACUCCUCCGGCUAUGGUCGGUGUGAGACCGGGGACUGUAACGGCCUCUUGGAAUGCCAAACUUAUGGAUCACCACCCAACACUCUGGCCGAGUUCACUCUCAACGGGUUCAACAACCUCGACUUCAUUGAUAUUUCUCUUGUUGAGGGCUUUAAUGUCCCCAUAGAAUUCAGUCCAAUCGCUGGUUGCAAUCAUGCCAUUAAGUGCUCCACCAACAUCACUGGACAGUGUCCGGAUGAACUGAAGACCUCCGGAGGUUGCAACAAUCCGUGCACGGUGUUUAAGACUGAUGAGUAUUGUUGUAAAUCUGGAAAUUGCAAGUCCACAAAUUACUCUAAUUUCUUUAAAGGACUCUGCCCAAAUGCUUAUAGCUACCCUAUGGAUGACGAGAGCAGCACUUUUACUUGUAUUGGAGGGACUGAUUAUAGGGUUGUUUUCUGCCCUGACAACAAUGCCACCUUUAACAUUGUUAACCGGUGCUCUUACACCGUAUGGGCAGCCUCUAUCCCCGGCGGAGGCAAACAGCUCGACAAAGACCAAACAUGGACUAUAAAUGUAAACGUUGACACCACCGGCGGCCGUGUUUGGGCACGUACAGGCUGCAACUUUGACAGCUCCGGUCAUGGUAGCUGCGAAACCGGUGACUGCAAUGGCCUCUUAGAAUGCCAAGCUUAUGGCAAGCCACCCAACACAGUUGCUGAGUUUGCACUAAACCAGUACAACAACCUGGAUUUCAUUGAUAUCUCUUUGGUUGAUGGAUUCAACGUGCCCAUGGAAUUUAGUCCGACAAGUGGGUGUGCGCGUGGGAUGAUCCAGUGCUCAGCCGACAUCAACGGGCAAUGUCCAACUCAGCUGAAGACUAACGGCGGAUGUAACAACCCUUGCACUGUGUUCAAAACUAAUGAGUAUUGUUGCAACUCAAGUAACUGUGGACCAACUAAUUAUUCUACGUUUUUUAAGGGUUUCUGUCCAGAUGCUUAUAGCUACCCUAUGGAUGAUAAUACCAGUACCUUUACUUGCCCUGGUGGGGCUAGCUAUAAAGUUGUCUUUUGCCCUUGAAUACGGAUGUGAGAUCAUCUAGCGCCCAUGGUUGCGACAGUAUUGUAUGAUAUGUAUGGAUAAGGGCAUGUAUUGGAUCCUUAUUGAAAAAUAGGGUGAUUGUACCGUGCUUAUGACAGAGAUGUAAA